AUCAUAUCCUGCCUUAUCCAACGAAGAACAUGCUCAGAUAAGGCAAUUUCAGCCAACAAACCAAUCUACAUCACACACAGAAUUGAACAAAUAACCACUGCCAGAUAAACAGAAUCCCAGAAGAAAAUAAACCAUAAUCUCAGUCUCAGCCCACCUGGAAAUCAGAAAACUCAACAACAAUGGCUCAGGCGAUGGCUUCCAUGGUUGGCUCGACCCGCUUGAACGUGGCUAGCGCCACCGGCGGCGUGGGAGCUCGUCCGAGCUGCCUAACGAUUCGAGCACAGCAGCAGGCUGCCGAGCCGGAGACCAGCCGCCGGUCCAUGCUUGGCCUCGUCGCCGUGGGUUUGGCUUCUGGGUCUUUCGUCCAGGCUGUGCUCGCCGAGGCAAAUUCGAUCAGGGUCGGCCCUCCUCCGGCUCCCUCCGGCGGACUGCCCGGGACUCUGAACGCUGACGAGGCCAGGGACGUGGACCUGCCGCUGAAGGAGAGGUUCUAUCUGCAGCCGCUGACGCCGGAGGAGGCGGCGGCGAGGGCCAAAGUGUCGGCAAGUGAGAUAGUGAACGUGAAGUCGUUCAUUGACAAGAAGGCUUGGCCAUAUGUGAUGAACGACCUUAGGCUGAGGGCGUCGUACCUUCGCUACGACCUCAAGACCGUGAUCUCUUCCAAGCCUAAGCCGGAGAAGCAAGCCCUCACCGAUCUCACUGGAAAGCUCUUCCAGAGCAUCAACAACCUGGAUUAUGCAGCAAAGAUCAAGAGCUCUCCACAGGCAGAGAAGUACUAUGCUGAGACAGUAUCCAACUUGAAUGAUGUUCUGGCUAAGCUUGGUUAAGAAAAGCUUAGAAUUGCUGUGUUUCACUUUGUGGGAAGCUCUGUUAGUUGAUUUGGGACUAUGAGAUCAUUGCUUGUUUCGAUCAUAAUGUUAUUUUGCAGGGGAGAUGUCAACUGUGUAAUUACAACUUAAUUUUCCAUCCUUAUUUUUUUUUUGGUGCUUAAUUAGUAGAGU